AGGGGGGGGGGGAGGUGGGGGUAACCUGUGGAGGGACUUGAUGAAUGAAUGACUGAGACGAGGCGAAGAAGCAGCAGCAGCAGCAACAACAACAAAAGGAUGAUGGGAUGGCCGUGACAACAUGAAAAAGAAAAAGUGUGGUGGUCUAUUUUCAUCCAGCCAGUGAUUCAACACAACUAACCUGGGGGACAGGGACCGACAGAGAAGAGACCGGCGUGUGGCCACGUCCGUGACCAUGGAGCCUCCCCCUUCUCUGAGCUUGGCUCUGCUAGGAGGGAGCGAGGAUGAGGACCAGCGCUUCCUCCUUCCUCUGGGCAGCAUAUCCCAUCCCUCCACCACAGGCAACCAGCCGGGAUCCAACCAUUCCAACCACUUGGGCGGGUCGAGCCUCGACCGCCUGAAUGGCAGCACCCCGUCCCCGUCUUCUGCCGCGCCCAAGUUGCCCUCUGGAGUCCAGCCUCUGCCCCCACCCAUCCCCAACGCGCUGCACCCCACCAGCACCCCGCUCUCCUCCUGCCUGGGCUCGCAGCACAGCCUGAGCGGGGACAACUCCCCGGUGUACAACGCCCUGUUCUACUCGUCCCACUCGCCCUCAAUGGAGCGGGACAGGGACAGGGAGAGAGAGAGGGGCUGCAAACACAGACAGGCCAGCCCUUUGGUUCACCGCAGGGACAGUAACCCCUUCACGGAGAUCGCCAUGAGCUCCUGCAAGUACACGGGCGGGGUCAUGAAGCCCCUGAGCCGACUCAGCGCCUCCCGCAGAAACCUCAUUGAAUCGGACAGCAGCAGCGAAACCAAAGAGGGCGGCGUUUCCGCUGUUGCCGGGGCAACGGCAACCGGGGGCCACGACCGGCAGCGGGAAGCCCCGCCCACCUCGCUGGUGGCCCCGACCUCUGCCAAUCCACCCCUCAUUCAGAGCCCUCCGGAGAUUGUGAUUUCGUCCAAAGAAGACUCCCCGUACCCCAGAGCAGGAUAUGACAUCACUGACUCCACCUCUAACCAGUUGUCCAUCUAUCACCAGAACCACGCGCUGGUGGAGAGCAGGCGUGCGCAGCCGGGGAGGGGCAGCAGGCAGGCGGGGGUCGGGGCGGUGGGGUCCGGGGCCAGGGGCAGCACCUCCAAGGCCUCCAAACGGAAGAACCAAAACAUUGGUUAUAAACUGGGGCAUCGCAGGGCUCUGUUCGAGAAGAGGAAGAGGCUGAGCGACUAUGCCCUCAUCUUCGGGAUGUUUGGCAUCGUCGUCAUGGUGAUCGAGACGGAGCUGUCGUGGGGCGUGUACACCAAGAGCUCCAUGUAUUCUCUGGCCCUGAAGUGUCUGAUCAGCCUCUCCACUGUCAUUCUGCUGGGCCUCAUCAUAGCCUACCACGCUCGGGAAGUGCAGCUGUUUGUCAUCGACAACGGGGCCGACGACUGGCGCAUCGCCAUGACCAUGGAGAGGGUGCUGCUCAUCUCCCUGGAGCUGCUGGUGUCGGCGGUGCAUCCAGUGCCGGGCGACUUUAAGUUCCAGUGGCGGGCGCGGCUGGCCUUCUCGUACGCGCCGUCGCAGGCCGAGGCUGACCUGGACAUGGUGCUGAGCGUGCCCAUGUUCCUGCGCCUCUACCUCAUCGCCAGAGUCAUGCUCCUGCACAGCAAACUCUUCACAGACGCCUCCUCCCGGAGUAUAGGGGCCCUAAAUAAGGUGCAUUUUAACACGCGGUUUGUGAUGAAAACCCUCAUGACUAUCUGCCCCGGGACGGUGCUGCUGGUCUUCAGCAUCUCCCUGUGGAUCAUCGCUGCCUGGACCGUGCGAGUGUGCGAGAGGUAUCACGAUGCCCAGGAUGUGACCAGUAACUUCCUGGGAGCCAUGUGGCUCAUCUCCAUCACUUUCUUGUCCAUCGGCUACGGGGACAUGGUUCCUCACACCUACUGUGGCAAAGGAGUCUGCCUGCUCACUGGAAUCAUGGGUGCGGGCUGUACUGCUCUGGUGGUUGCCGUGGUAGCCAGGAAGCUGGAGCUCACCAAGGCCGAGAAACACGUACACAACUUCAUGAUGGACACGCAACUCACCAAGAGGAUAAAGAAUGCUGCAGCUAACGUGCUGCGAGAAACCUGGCUCAUCUACAAACACACCAAGCUGAUGAAGAAGAUCGACCAUUGCAGAGUCCGUAAACACCAGCGGAAGUUCCUCCAGGCAAUACAUCAAUUACGGAGUGUGAAAAUGGAGCAGAGGAAGCUCAGUGAUCAGGCCAACACACUAGUGGACCUCUCAAAAAUGCAGAGCGUCAUGUACGAGCUCAUGUCAGAGCUCAACGACCGCAGCGAGGACCUGGAGCGUCAGAUGCUAUCCCUGGAGCAGCGGGUGGAGCAGCUCACCGCCGGCUUCAACACCCUGCCCGCCCACCUCUCAGCGACCCUCAGCGCCCAGCACGCCGCCCUGGUCCACUUGCUGAGAGAGAGGGACACGAGGGACUGGAGAGGAGGUGCUGUGGUCCCAAUAUCCCCCGCGGCGUCUUUACCCGCGUCGGUUUCCUCGGGCCAUGUCGCAUCUCCGGCACCACCCGCCCAGGCCCAGGUCCCCACCUUGGCCCUGGAGUCUCCUCUGUCGCCUCCGUCUCUGAGCCCAGAGGGGAGCCUGGAGGCUGCUCCCUCCCCGAACACCUGCACUGCGAGCUGCUGAAGACAUCUCUCUGUGGACCAGGAGGAGACACGAACAUGGAAAGAAAAUGGGCAGGGAGGAGGAGAGAAACGGGAAGUGGGAGGGACGGUUGAGGACGGGACCGUGGCGAGAAAUAAUAGGAUUAAGAUGGAGGGCCAGUAUGAGUGAUUAGACAUGUUAAGGCUUUUGGGGCACAUUCCCGAAAAAGGGGAGGAGAAGAAUAAUGGAGAAUCUAAAAGGUGUGAGGGGGAGGAGGAAUGUCAAGAGAGUGAGAAAUUGUGGUAGAAAGGAUGAGAAGGGAGAGAGGAUGAGGAGAAUAAAGUGGAAUAAUUAUAUAAACUCAGAGCUCCUAAAUGGCUACCACUCCAAUUACUGAACAGGGCCUUUUAUUCUAUAUAUUUCCUUUUCUAUCUCUCUCUCUCUCUCUCUCUUUUUAUCUCCUUGCUCCCAAUCUCUCUCUCUCUCCCUUCAUCAGGAAUUAAUGACCAUGACUUUUUAUCCUUAUGAUGUAUUUUCUAUUUGAAUGCUAAUUGUAUGUUAACGAGCAUCCCUUUAACAGAAUGUUCAAUCAAUACGACUGAGAUGAAGAAAAAAAAACUAGUGACAUGUACUGCACACACACACACACACACACACACAUACACACCUUAUAUUAGAGGGUCAUCCACGCAAUACAAGUUAACACAGCACAAACAUAGAUACACAAUCUUUUACAAUGCAGGCCCUAUUUACACUCACACAAAGAAAUUGUGUCCAGUAGUUCACAAGAUAAUACUGAAGCCUAUACUGCCAAGCACUCAGUGCACUGCCAAGCAAUGUCGACACGCUGUAAAGAAAUGUUCAUCCAAAAGACGUAUCUUCUGCUGCUGUGGCCUAAAGCAUAGUUGUGACAUUUUAACUCCUCAGUUUGAAGCACCGCAUCUGUUUACUGAACAACACAAAAUACGGAUGAAGCUGAAACAAUUGGUAUGACGCUGAGGGACAUGAGUCAUAACGUCUGUUUUUGACAAAGAAUACAGUCGCAGAUUAUAAAAUAACCAAACACAACUGCAAAAGGACUUUUUUAUUAAUGCAUUUAUUGAAUUACAGAUUGGGUUCAACCAAUGUGUACUUUAGGUUUGUUGUACUGAAAUUAGACUAAAAUAGAUGUACUGAAAUAAAGUGUUGUAUGAAGUUAAUACUGAAAUUGCUGUUGGAAGAAAGAAUAGAUUACAACAAAAACAUUCAUCCAUUUAGAUCUGCGUGAUUCAUUUUGAAGAAAUUCUUUAAGACACAGCUUUGCAUAAACAUAAUGCUCAUUUGGUAAAAGUGUUUAGGGGAACUAACAGUUGAAUCAUUGCCCAUCAAUAAAUUAUCUGCUUAUUCUUUUACUUGUCUGAAGUCAGUGGAGUCAGAUUGACUGGGAUGCCGUAGUAUCCAUUGUUUUGCUUUAAACCAUCAUCUUAAAAUUACCAAAAUGUUGAUUUUAAAAUGAGUAAUUCAAUUGAAAUCCAACAAUUGUUAAGCUAUGUGAUCAUAAGUUGGGGUCAUCCAUAUUUUUUAACAGUGUAUGGUCGUGUCUAUAACCCCAUGGACCUUCCUCACUGCCAUUAUUUCUCUAGCUUGCGGUCCAAAAACAGCGCACUGUUACCAUAAAUGUAUUCUCUGUAAAGAAAUACACUCAAACCCACUUUCCUACUCGAUCACUUAAACUGCCAUGCAGAAACGGGAACAACCACCUACACACACGGACACACCGAUAUACACACACCUCGACAACCAAAGUGCUCUCUCUUAAAUGGACUUCAAUAAGAGGCAGGCAACGCCGCUGUCACUGGGGACAAAAGAUGGCAAAAGGCGUUGCAGAUGUCUUGACAAUAUUUCUGAGGGAACUGAAAAUCUGGGUAUGGAAUUGUUGCAAUGCUGUACGUGGACUGCUCUUCACCGUUUUAAAUCAGAUCAAGGUGAACGAUGGAUGGACACAAAUAAAUCGUGCAAAGGGUCGAUUGCCAUGAAGGAGCAACAUCUGUUUUUGAAAUAAAUAAAAUAUAGAAAGAAAUUUAUCUGAGAGGAAUUAUAAUGUUAUUAGGGGGAAAGACAAUUGGAGAAACUGUCUUAUAGUGACAUGCUGUGGCCGGAAUACUGAACUACAUACGCUUGGAAUAUUGUAUAGUAUGCUGUUAACGAAAUCUAGCUUUGUAUUGCUUAGUCUUUUCUACAAAUAUGAUUAAACGCAGUUAUAGCUGAUAUUUACGAUUACAAAACAAUAGUAUUCUCAUUUGUCAGGAAAAUUAUGAUACAUGUAUUAACGAUACAUCAAAGAAUUUUAAACAAGGAAAGUGCUGUUUGAGGUUGAAAUUAUUUUGUAAUUUUUAUUUUAUCAAAGAACUAAUAAAAUAUAUAUCUAUAACAUUA